AUGGAUAGUAGGGUUACAAUUCAAGAGGGACGAACUAAAAGUCAAAUACAAGAAGAUAUCUGCAGUAAUUAUAAAAAGGAAGAAAUACUAAACAACAGCAGUGAAUGUGAUUUUAUUAUUAAUAUUAAACAUAAAUUUGAUGAAAAUACUGAACUUGAAAAACAACUAAAUACAGAAGUCAUAAUUAAAGACGAAACAAUUGAAAAAAAUGUUUUAGAAUUACAACAAAUACCUACGAGUACGAAAGAACAAUUAUUUCCAUGUGAUCUUUGUAAUACAAAAUUUACUUCAAAAGGGAAUUUAGUUAGACAUAUACGGGUUCAUUCUGGUGAAAAACCAUUUUCAUGUAAAAUUUGUAAUAAAGUAUUUACUCAACAAAACAGUUUAACUAUACAUAAUCGAAUUCAUACUGGUGAAAAACCAUUUUCAUGUGAAAUUUGUAAUAAAGCAUUUAUUCAGCAAAAUAGUUUAACUUUACAUAAACGAACGCAUACUGGUGAAAAACUAUUUUCAUGUGAAAUUUGUAAUAAAGGAUUUACUUUUAAAGGAAAUUUAAUUAAACAUACACGAGUUCAUUCUAGUAAAAAACCAUUUACAUGUGAAACUUGUUAUAAAACAUUUUCUCGGCAAAAUAAUUUAAUUGCUCAUAUACGAACUCAUACUGGUGAAAAGCCAUUUCCAUGUGAAAUUUAUGAUCAUAAAUGGAUUCAUACUACAGAAAAACUUCAAGCAAAUCAACGUAAUUCUACAUAA